AUGAACUUUGUUUCUCCUUAAAUAGUCUAAUAAACUCCUAAAUUAUAAAUUCAAGGAGGGUUUCCUUUAGGAAGAGUUGUCAGUCCUUUCUAAAGUCCAUAUUUGCAGCAAAACCCAAUACCUUAAGCAGGAGGAUUUGUAUCUUAGCCUUAUUAGAUACAUCCAUAGAUAUAGUCGGGAGUUAGUUCUCCUAUGAUGAGAAGCAAUUUAAGUGUUUUUUAGCAAGGUCAAAUACCUUAACAAAAUAGAACUUCAAAUUCAUAGGCUGAUCUAGGUUAGUACUUGAGAUCUCCACAAUCAACUUAGAAAUAGGAAAAUUAGCUGCAAAGAUAUUAAAAUACUGAACCGAUUAAGAAAUAAAUAGCCUCAAAUCAGCAUUUUAUUUCUCCUUAAUACAUAUAAUAAUAGACUAAUACAGGUUAAUACAUUCAAAGCAAUCAGACUUAAAAAAUUUAAAGAUAGACAUCAUUCCAUUAAUAGCAAUUAUAAAAUAGCAGAUUAACAAUGCAAUCUCUUCCUGCAAAUAACAAUACAAUUAACAUUACAUCUGCAACUUCCCCUAACGAAAGACUUCUAAGUCGUAAUUUAUCUCCUUAGCCAUCCCAUAGAUUAAAUUCAUUACUCUCCUCUCCAAUAUAGAGAGCUAUCUCACCUUAAACUUAAAGGAUAAAUAAAGAUUCAUUCAAUGGCACAGUGUAAACAGCUAAUUAAAAUCAAUUAGUCACUCAAUAAGGCCCAUACAUGCUUGGUGUCGCUCAAACCCUAUACACUCCAUCGUCAAGAGCUUAAUCACCAACUUUUAAUUAAAAUUAGGGUUUCAUGUUUACUGGCAGAAAUAACUUUGUUUAAUCUCCAUAACAAACAUUUUAUUCAAGCGGUUAAAAUUUUUACAAAACUAACUCCAUGCCUUAAUAACAGCAGUAAUAAUUUAUUCCAUUCAAACUAGAACUUCCUCAAAAAGUGCAGGACAAUUAAUAAAAGCUUAAUGAAGCCAUAGCAAAAUCUGAAAAAGUUAAAAAAUUAGUUGCUGAAAAACAGCAAUAAAUGAAAGCCAACGAACAAAAGAGGUAAGAAUUACUAGAUGUGUCAAAAUUAUAUGAUUUAACUCCAUAGUAAACAGCAGAAAAAGUAAAAAAUAAGCAGUAAACACCUAUAAAGCAAGAGGAAUCGCCUAUUAAAACUAUUCAAUAAGUUAUAAAUACAAAUAAAUAAGGUCCAUAAAAGCAUAUAAUAAAUAGUAUAGUUAACAGCGAUAACAAAAAUAUGAUUCCGAUUGGAACUAUUGCAAAUUAAAAUAAUUCUAUUUCUAAUCCUUAAACUUCAUAUGCACAAAGACAAGCUGAAAAUUUGCAUAUUUCUAUUUCACAAAAUGGAAAUACAGAAGAAAGCGAACAAACAUUAAACUAAAUUUCUCAAAACUAAGCAGAAUUUAAAAAACUUUAACUAGAAUUUAAAAAUUCUGUGAAUAAAAUAAAGGAGACACCUAAGCAAUAGCUUAUAUAAACUCCAAUAAGCCUUUUAUAAAAAUCCAAUCUAAAGCUGGAUUAAAGUUAGCCAAAUGAAAAUAAAGAAAAUUGUAUUAUCUCAACUCCCAUCACUAAUAAUUAAAAUGGAGAUCAAACUCCUACUGGUGAUUAAAAAAUAGAAUUCAAAAGUACUGUGAAUUAAUUCAGGAAAUCCUUCUAAAAAAAUAUGUAUUAAACUCCUUAAAACUCAAAAAAGAAAUUUUAAAAGAAAGUCUAUGAAAACGAAGAUGAGUACUAAGGUAGCAUGGAAAAUGAUAUUCCUAAUGGCUACGGCAUUCUUAGAGAUAAAAAUGGAAAAGAACUCUACAAAGGAGACUGGAAAAACGGAUAAUAUGAUGGAAGUGGUAUAUUGGUAAAUAGAAAUCAAAACGAUAGUUAAGCAAUUGUGAUUGAUCAUAAUGAGCUUUCAUAAAUAUUAACCUUAAACUUAUGGAUUAGAUAUGAAGGUGAUAUGAAACAAAACUAAAUAUAAGGCUUUGGAACUAUGUAUUUUAUAGAUAAUUUAAAAUACGUUGGAAAUUUUGCUUAAGGUAUUCCUGAAGGCUAAGGCUCUUUUUACACAAAUGAUGGAAAAGUUAUUGCUGGAGUAUGGGAAUAAGGAAAAUUGAAAGAUAUUCUCUGGGAUUGA